AAAAUCAAACGCUUCCGGGUUGUUCAUGCCUCAGGGGAGCGAAAGGAAUAUCGUUGCGAUUGCGAGGAGGUCUUUUUGGAUCAAGUCAGCUCGAAAUUAAUACUGUCGCUACUUAUCCAACAUACUUCGUUUUAUUUUGCCAAAUCUCAGUUUUCCUCACGCGACAGCAAAACGGACGUGCUAUGGCUUCUCGCGCUGGCCCCAGAGCUCAAGGCACUGAUGGCAGCGACUUCAAGCACAGAGAGAAGGUAGCGUCGCACUACCAGAUGAGUGUGUCACUCAAGUCAGAGAUUCGGAAGCUGAACAUCGUCCAUGUGCUGAUCUGGCUGCUGGUGGCAGCCCAGGUGACCGUCAGCAACAUGGGCCUGGUGUCACAUGACCUGGUGGCCGCUCCUUACCAGUGGGAGUACCCCUACCUCAUCAGCAUCGUGCCGUCCAUUUUCAGCUUCCUGGCGCUCCCACGCAACAACAUCAGCUACCUGGUACUUGCCAUGAUCAGCUCAGGUCUCUUCUGCAUCGCCCCUCUUAUCUACGGGGCUAUGGAGAUGUUUCCGGUGGCUCAGCAGCUCUAUCGCCACGGAAAAGCCUACCGCUUCAUCUUCGGCUUCUCGGCCGUCUCCGUGAUGUACCUGGUGAUGGUCAUUGCCAUACAGGUGCAUGCCUGGCAAAUUUACUACAGCAAGAAGCUGCUGGAUGCGUGGUUCACUUCCACACAGGAGAAGAAGAAAAAAUAAAUAACUGACUAGACAACUGGGAAAAAAUGUGACAUUUAGUACCUCUCUAACCCUCCCCCCCUCCCCCUAUAUCCUUUUUUAAUUUUUUUUUUUAUUUUUAAGUGGUCUGAUUUUAUGGAGAAUCAAGAUGGAUUUUGUGCUCGGACAAAGUGACAUCCCAGAAGCAGAGUUCAGUUAGGCACAAAGCUCAUUUUUAAUAUGUUCUAGAUGGGAUUUCAUGCUUCAUAUCCGGUUAUCGAAUUAGCCAGGUGACUGAAGGAAUAUGUCAUCAUGCUGUCACAUAAUAGUGACACUGAGUCUCACUGCUAAAGGUUAGCUUCUGUGCUGAGAUCUCGGCAUGAAGGAGUUGGGGACCUGCCGGGGUUGAAUGAGCUGCAUGUUGUUCACCAUUGUGCCUGAGUGUGAUUGUCACCACCAUGCCAAAAAAACCACAGUACUCCAAUAAAUUUAGGGAGGUCAUGCCUGAGUUUUUGUGUUCUCUGUUAUGAAACAUUGACUGAACACACAGUCAGUUCCACGGAGAAUUCUCUGAUUUGCAAACAGCAGAUUCUGCAGUUAACGAUUAUGUUACCAAAGUAUCUGAUUGCGGCUAGGAACACAGCAAGGCAAAACGACUUCUAGUGCCCCAUGUAACAACAGACCUGUAACUUACUAAGCCUACUUUUCUUGCACGAACAGUAACUAAGCUACUUGUAUCUGUACAUUCAUUUAUAACCUGCCAAGUAUGAUGGGUCAGUAAAGCAUCCAGUGCUGGUUGUUGUUCUGCUACUUCAACAGAGCAAUCUGCAGGAAGACUGGGAUUAGUGUCCUCUAUUGGGAAUUUCCCAUUGUGCUCUGGGUAUCAUAUGUAAGGCAUCUUUUUGGAUCUACCUGAGGUGCCUUUACAGUUUCUGUCCUGGAGCCUUUAAACAUUAAAUGGUUUCUGUAUUGAGAGUGGCAACUGAAGAAAUUCAGCUAGUUCAAACCAGGGAUAAAGACUCAGAUUUUGCAGUACAAAGGAUGUUAAAAUGAGGUUCUCUGAAGUUAUCAGUAAAUAAUCUAUGGAUAUUA